UUUAUAUCUUAAUAGGUAGAAUUAGUCGAAAAAUCUGGGAUAAUUGUAAAUCGAUUUAAAUUGGAUCUAAUUACGGAAAGUAAUACAAAAAAUCCAAGAGAAAUGACUCGUCAAUUAUUCAAAUUGAUUGUUGGUACGGAAGAGUUAGCCAAGAUGACGAUCGUUAAAACAAAAGGACGAGAACUAAUGCCUGAAAAAUAUCUUGAAGCUAUUUUCGAAUAUGUGACGAUCCAUACUGCAAAUGGCCGAGAGUUAAAUGCAGCAGAAUUUAAAAAGUGUGUCGGAAAGAUGCUUUCCACCAUUCGUGAGAGUUUAAAAAGCAACAACGAUAAUAAAAAUGAUGCUAAACACCAAAAUGAAGAUCAUGCUAAUAAGAAAAAUAAAAAUGAUGAUGGAAGCGACCCUGAAAAUGAUGUUUAAAAGCAAUAAUUUCUCACUUUUUUUUUUUGUUAUUUAAAAGUUCUACAUAUUGAUAUUUUUCAAUGUUAAUUUGGUUAAUGUUCUAAGCCCAAAAUGUUGAUGGUAUUUUAUUAUUC